AUGGAUGAUGGUUUAGAUGAUACUCGUGUAACGAUUGCGAUUGCGGCGGUCGGGUAUCUCUUUUGCCCCGUUUGGUCCCAAGUGAAGACGUCCGAUCUCCGAUCGCAAUCGAGAACUGAGCUCAAAUCUGCUCUCGAGCAGCAAAAGCAGCAGUUGGCGAGCUUGAAAAUCGCCAAGGUCACCGGCGGUGCGCCGAACAAGAUUGCGCGCAUCAAGUCCGUCCGAUUAGCCAUUGCUCGCAUCUUGACUGUCAUUCGUCAAAACCAGUUGAAAUCGCUUAGAGAAGCUUACUCCGGCGCCAAGUACACGCCAUUAGAUCUUAGAGCGAAGAAAACGAGAGCCAUUCGACGACGAUUAUCCCCGGCGGAAAAGAACGCCAAAACGGCCAAGCAAGCUAAGAAGGACGCGUACUACCCGAAGCGCAAGUAUGCGUUGAAGGCGUAA